GGCAGCAUGGAGCCCGGAGCAGGCCGGCUGCCUCUCCAGGUGCUGGGAGAGAACGAGGCGCUGCAGCAGUUCUUCAGCGGUCAGGAUGUGAGUGGCGUGUUGGACAGCUCAGUCGCUGUGGAUACAAGCAUCCUGGAGCAGUACCUCAGCAAUGACAUGGACCCCAACAGCUUCAUGCUUCCUGAGUCUCCUCCUGACUCAAGCUCGGAGGCCUGUUCACCUGCACAGAUACCAGACCUCCACUAUGAGCCGCCCUAUUGGUCCAACCAGCUUACCAACCAGGAAGUGUUCCAGCCAGCACAACGGCCUGCCCCCUCUUCGUCCUGUCUCUUUAAGGAUCGAGGCUGUGCCACUGCCCACGCUGAGAUGCUGACCCAUGAUCAGCUCCGCCAUUUGGGCCUCACUAACACUUACCUCAAGCCUGGGGCCUCACCUGCACCACCUGCUCUACCUGCCCCCCUGUGCCAGCACACACACCACUCACCUGAACACAUACACUACCUGACUCCUGAGAGCUGUUUACAGGUUUACACCCCUCCUCCACUUCCUUCCCCACCACUGCCCACCUCGAACAGCUAUGCCACACCCUGCACUGGUCCCGGCCUUGUGCCAAAUUUAGUCACACCCCCUUCAAUCUGUCUGCUGGGCUCCACCUCAACACUACACACCAGUUCCCCAGACAGUAAAAAGAGGAGGAGAUCUGAGUCUGAGGAACCAUCAGCAGGAAUUGAGGAUUCCUGCAGUGAAGGUGAUGGGAUUCGUGGUGGCAGUGUAGGGCACGGUGUAGGUGGUGGUGGACUGAGUGUGGGAUCCAACCAGCUGUUAACUUGGGAUCAGUACAGACCAGAACAUUGGAGCACUUUGUAUGACAGCAGCUCACAGACACUGUCUCUUCCUGCCUACCACGUAGACACAGAUAAAGGCUUCAUCUACUCUGUAGCUGACGAAGCCUUCGUCUGCCAGAAGAAGAACCACUUCCAGGUCACUGUUCACAUUGGCAUGACAGCAGAGCCGCAAUACGUGAGAACGCCCAAUGGGCCGCAGAAGGUCGACCACUUCCAGAUAAAAGUGUUCGGGGUCAAGCUGGAAUCUCCAAGCCACCAGGUGACCAUUGAGCAGUCUCAGCCCAACCGCAGCAAGAAGCCCUUCCAUCCUGUCAGGGUCAGUCUGCCCGGCGGCAAAAUUACGAAGGUAACGCUUGGCCGACUGCACUUCAGCGAGACGACUGCCAACAACAUGAGGAAGAAAGGCAAACCCAACCCUGACCAGAGAUAUUUUCAGAUGGUGGUUGGUCUGUACGCUGCAGUGGGCAGAGAGGAGACAUUCCUCCUCACAGCUCUGGUGUCGGAGAGAAUCAUCGUCAGGGCUUCUAACCCAGGUCAGUUUGAGAUGGACGGGGACGUCCUGUGGCAGCGCGGGGCAGUGCAGGACGCUGUGGUCUGUCAAGGCCGAGUGGGCAUCAACACAGACUCCCCUGAUGAGGCAUUAGUUGUCUGCGGCAACGCCAAGGUGAUGGGCGCCGUCAUGCAGCCGUCCGACCUCCGCGCCAAGGAAAACAUACAGGAGGUCGACUCUGAGCAGCAGUUGAAGAGAAUCACUCAGAUGAGAAUCGUUGAGUUCGAUUAUAAACCAGAGUUUGCCUCCACCAUGGGAAUAGACCACACUCACCAGACAGGUAUAAUAGCUCAGGAGGUGAAGGAGCUGCUGCCGUCAGCGGUGAAGGAGGUCGGAGACGUCAGCUGUUCUGACGGAGAAAAGAUUCCUAACUUUCUCAUGGUGGACAAGGAGCAGAUCUUCAUGGAGAACGUGGGGGCGGUGCAGCAACUGUCAAAGCUCACCGACAACCUGGACACACGAAUCAAAGAGCUGGAGGUCUGGAACGGCCGACUGGCAAAACUGAAGAGCCUGACAGGCAGCCUGCGCUCCACCGGCAGAAUACCCAGGAAAAACAGUAGUGUGUCGACGGCGCCGAGUCCUGACACGUGUAAGUCGGGGAAAGUUCAGAAGGAAGGCUGGAGUCAGAAGUACAACCACUGUCUGCAGCACAAAGUCUUCAAGGCCAGCGUCUUCACACUGCUGGCCACCAUGGCUUUCUGCAUCAUCGCUAUCAGCGCUCUGUACCUGCUAAAUUUGAAGGAGGAAGACUUUACUGACAACGGCAACGGCAGCAUGGUUCCUCUGCAGACCACAACUAUGAGCAGCACAGUAACACAGACCAGACCAUCUGGCCUCUGGCCACCAGACGUGGACUUCUGUGACCUGCUGUACUGCGAUCAUGUGUACUGCUGCCCUCCACCAGCACAGGGCAGCACUGACUCCAACAUCACCUCCACUAAAUCAGCUGGAGCAUACAAGCGGUUGACAGAAAAAAGAGAUGCAAAUCUUUAUCGCAAGAUGAAAAGUGCCAGAGACUGGACGAACACCACCAUCCAGUCUAUCACGAUCAAAGAGAACCAGCAGGUGAUUGAUAGCAAAUACUACCUGAGAGAUGAAUGUGGGCCAGGUCGAUACGUCUACAGAGUUCCCAUCAGCCAGUUUGUCCCAAUCAACAUGAGGGUCACCCUGCUCAUAAAUUCUACAGAGUUGCUGGUGGUUCAUCUGUGUAGCUUUGACGAGUCGGCGGCCUGCUCUGCUCCGCUGGAUGUAAACACAGUCACUGAGAGCAGAUACCCGUCAAACACACAGGGGGAACACGAAUGGCCUCUUCACGUGGCUCGUCUUUAUCACAGCUCGUAUCACUUUCGCUCCACAGUGGCUGGUCAAGCAGACUGCACUACUGACCAUCACUACGCGGGGGCGCUCUUCACUGACUACUAUUUCCACUUCCACAGACGCUGCACAGACUCAUAGGCACAGAAAUUUAAAAUAUAUUAAACACUUGCAGCACAAAGAUUUUUAGCUGCAAAUGCCUUUUUAUUGUGAUAUAUUAUUCUGAAGUCACUUUUACUGUUAGAUUCUACUGCGUAAUUGCAAAAGUCUGCAGUGGAACUUGCUUAGCUCAGAUGUAGAUAACAUCCCGGUAUAUGUUCUUCUGUUUACUGUCAUUUAUUCUCAUGUAUUUGCUUUUAAGCUUGUAGAGACGCACAAGCUAACCCAACAAAGAUUGAACAGAUGAAACUUCUUACCAAAUAUCAGUGGACGGCAAACCAGAUAUCAUUAUAGUGGACGAGAGCAGGACGGUAAAACUAGGUGAGUUCAGUAGAGAAUAUUAGAGGUAAUUGUAGACGACAUUGACUGAGUUAAAAUAUUUCAACUUUUUGCCGUCCUCCACAGUGUAAUUUACAACCAGAUCGUACGUAGUUCCCUCACACAAAGAUAAAAUGUGGGCAAUCUGGACAACAAGAAGCUAAUAAUGUUUUUUUUGUUGCUGCUGUUGCCUCUUCUGCAACAUAAAAAGAGUAUAUACAAAGUGCAGCUCUCCUUUCUCUGUCCAUGCUGAAUAUGAGUAAAUGACCUUUUGGAGGGAAUUUAACAUGAAUUUUAAGUUUGCAAUAGAAUUCUAAGAGAAAGCUGCAUUUUAUAGCUGCGUGCAUUGCUAGAAUAAUGACUUCAAAGUCGCCACAUAUGGACACAUGGUCAAGACAGGACAAGUUUUCUUCAACGCUAAAGGUAGGUGUAGGAUAUUUAACACAAAAGUCAAAGGAAGGAGGUGGUUGGAGGACCAGAAAGCUGACUUUCGAAAAGGCGGCCAAAUUGCAACGUUGUACGACAUUAACAAGUACUUUUAUUUUGAAAGUCUAACCGGAUGUUGCACAUGUAUUGUAGUGAAGAUGACCCUGGACGCUCAAACGUCCCAGGAAGUUAAACAGCAUUCACAGAGUUUCCCGUGUGAAUGAAAAAGUCAACACUGAUUCUUUUUAGUUAUGUUACAGAGGCUAUGUAGUUAUUUAAGCCAUGAUCUUUUCCUUAAACCAUAACCAAAUAGUUUUGGUGCCUAAACCUAAACAAACUGUGAUAUUUCACAACAUUAACCACUUUUUUUAUUUUGAAAGUCUAACCGGACGUUGCAUAUUUAUUCAAAUUUGACCGCAGAGCCCUACAUGUACUAAAACAACACUAAACGGUACCCAGGGUAUUUAAACGUGACGCCAAGGGGUCUUGACUAAGUGUCCAUAUGUGAAAUAUUUGUAUCACAUUGUCACGCUGUUGGUUUUUCCUGUGUCGUCCUGCCUGAAUCCAUGCGAACGCAGCAUUACUGUGACACUGAUAUGCAGAAAUCUGUUAAUGGAAUUCAGAUCGUUGUGUCGCAAGAUAAAAGAUAAAUCUGUUUCAGGUGAUUAUCAAUAUAGAAAGGAGAGGGAAAAAAACAUUUCUGUUGUGCAAAUUAUGUGUAUUUUUUUUUCUCGUGAAAUACUGAGUUUUAUCUUUUUAGGCCUGUAAAAAGUGAACAUGAUCAGGGUUCGGUUGAACAGGUCACAAGUCAUCAGGUAGACCUUUGCAACCUAUGAUGGCUAUAAACGGUCAAAGGCCAGAAAGGUUGUGAAUCAACACAAGAUUUAAGUAAUUUGCUGUGUUGGUUGGUCUUGAAUGAUUUUUUUUUAUUAUGAUAAUGUUUACUUGCUUCUGAGGAUGAAACCUGAAUCUGUUCCUUAUUUGUUAUUUCGUUUUAAACAGCAUAACUCUUAAAAACACAUCCAUAAAUCUGAGACUCUUAGAAAAAGCACUUAUUAGUAAUUAGUCUAAUGCAAAAUGCUACAAAAAGUUAUUAUAAAGAAGUCAUUUUUGUGAAACUGUUUCUAUGAGCUGAACGUGACUGAAUCCACUCUGCUUUGUGUGAAAUUAAAACUAAUAGACAGUGAAGUAGAAUUAAAAUGUUUAAAACUCA